CAUUUAAUGAAAACAGUUGAUUUUUAACUUUGCUCAAUAACAAACCUAUUGUUACAAAAAAUAGUUAUAGAAAAUAAAAGUUAGUUGCGAUAAAGAGAACAUGGAAGAGGGAAAUAGUGUAGAAUUAAACAAAGAUUUCGAUAAAAAUGUAGAUGUAAUCAAUGAGAGUGUUGCUAGCAAAAAUCCUAUUCAAGAGCAUGUUGAAGAAAAUAUAAAAAAUGAUUAUAGUUUGGAAAAAAUUGAAUUUGAACAAAAUAUUGAAAAUGAAAAUGAGCUUAAAGAAAUGGAAGAAAAAAAUAAAAAACUUAAGGAAGAUGUAAACACUAUUUCAGAAAUAAUUAAAAUUUACCAGAUAACAAAUGGUACAACAUCUCAUGCUACAUACUAUAGUCCAAUACCAACUGGUUUUCCUGGUCCUGGUGGUGGACCACAUUAUCAUCCAAUACAAAGUGGUCAUUUACAACCACAACAAAUGUCACAUUCCCCAUCUCCACCAAAUAAUUAUCAUAAUAAAGAUGAUCGAACUCAACGACAACAUGCUAAAUUAUUAAGGAAAUUAAAUAAUCGGGAAAUGAAUUCUGCCAUGUCUACACCUGCUCAUUCUCCAUCGCCGAGAAAAGAGUUAAAUGGACGAAGAAUAUCCAGAAAUGGGGCAUCUUCUGUUGGUACUUCAGAAGAUGGAGAAGAGUCUUCCAGUGUGCCUGAUGAUGAAGAUGAUUGCCAGACAAUCAUUGAACAAUUAUCUGCUGUACAAAAACCUGAAGUUACUGAUAUAACUUCGAGAUCAGCAAUGUUGAGAUGGGAAGCUCCACCUUUAUCAGAUGCAAUAUUGAAUAGUCGAGAUUUACGAUAUGAUGUUUUGUUAAGUGAUCGCGGCAAAGAAGGAAAAUAUAAAUUAAUAUUUAAAGGAGAAUCUUAUGUAUGCAUGAUUCAAGACUUAAGACCUGGUCAAGAAUAUCACUGUAGACUUCAGGUUCAUUACGAAAAACUUCAAGGAACAGUAUCAGAACCAGCCGCUUUUACAACACCACCGUGUGAACCUGAUCAACCAUUACCACCAAAAUUAAUAGCACGAACAAAAAAUUCCCUUCAAUUACGUUGGCUGGCACCAUGUGAAAAUGGUUCACAUAUAGCCCAAUAUAUAUUAGAAGCAGAUGAUUGCAAAGGUAAAGGUUUCAUGGAAGUAGUUAGAACAAAGGGUAAACAAUAUACUUUAACGAAAUUGCAACCAUCAACUUUAUACAAUUUCCGUUUAUCGGCCGUGAAUGAAUGCGGCCCGUCAAUGUAUUCUGAUGUGAUAGCAUUUAGUACAUCUGUAAAUUUACCGUCAACGCCAAAACCACCACAACUUUUAGCAUCUAAUUCCAAUUAUUUACGAUUAGCAUGGGAACAUCGACAAACAGAUGAAACAUUCUGCUUACAAAUGAAUGAUCAUAGUUCAGGUCACGGCUAUUUAACAGCAUAUAAUGGUCCAGAUACAAUAUAUGAAUGUUCAAAUUUAAAACGUGCCACUGUUUACCAUUUUAAAUUAAGGGCAGAAAAUGAAGCUGGUUCAUCGCCGUGGUCAAAUGAAAUUGCAUAUAAAACCCAACCGGACAGACCGGGUAGACCUUCAAAGCCACAAGUAAAAGGCAAAAUACAUGGUAAUUAUUUUAAAGCGAAAUGGGAUCCACCAAAUGAUCGUGGCGGGGCUGAUAUUAGAAAAUACUUUUUGGAAAUAAGUUCAGGAGCAAAAUUCCAACAAAUUUAUAACGGCAGUGAACCUGAAGCUAUAUGUGAUCGUUUAUCACCUGGCACAACUUACCAAAUAAGAGUAUGUUGUGAAGGUCCUGGUGGUGUUAGUAAUUAUUCAGAUGUCUGCACCGUCACAACUGAAGCUAUACAACCAGGCGCACCAGAUCCGCCAUAUUGUGACAAUGUACCAGGGCCAUUUGCAGCUGUGUUAAGAUGGAAUCCACCAGAUUAUAAUGGUGGUGCUCCAAUACUUGAAUAUGAAAUUAAGCUAACUGGAUUGCCAAAUUUUUGUGAUGAAAUUAUAUACCGUGGCAAAGAUAUGUAUUGUAUUUGUACUGACUUACGUCCAGGAGAAUCAUAUGAAGCUAAUGUACGUGCCGUUAAUCGCAUUGGUGCUGGUUCAUGGUCUGGACCAUUAAAGUUCAAAUCUGGUGCUGCACCACCGAAUCAACCAGAUGCACCAGAAAUAUCUGUUCGUUCACCAACACACUUAUCAUUAACAUGGAAAGAACCAGCAUCAAAUGGAGCACCAAUAAUUGAAUAUCGCUUAGAAAGUUCAUUAACAGAAGAUACAAAAAAUAAUUCAUUUACUGCAUGUUAUCAAGGUUUGCAAACAACAGCGGAUAUUAGAAAUUUAGUACCAUACACACUAUAUUAUUUUCGUUUAAAUGCUGCCAAUUUAGCUGGUCAAUCAUUAUAUUCACAAAUAGUAUCACAACAAACACCAGCAGCAGUACCAACUGCACCAGAAAUUACCAAGUCUGAAAUAACUGCUACUGAAGUAACAUUAACAUGGUCUGAAGCUGAAUCAAACGGUUCAGAAAUUUUAUAUUAUCAAAUUGAAUAUGUCAUUGUCAAUAGUAGUAGUAUUAAUAGUAAUAAUAAUAAUAAUAAUAAUAAUAACAGUAAUAGUAGUAACAAUAACUCUUCAUCAAAUAAUAUUAAUAACAAUAAUAAUAAUUUAAUAAAAAAUGGUGGUAACUCAAAUGAUAAUUCUACAGAACGUUUCAUUAGCACCGAAAUUAAUUGCACAGAAUUUACCAUAGAAAAUUUAUUACCGGAAACUACUUAUAAAUUCAAAAUCCAGGCUGUGAAUGAUAUUGGAAUUGGGCAAUGGUCGGCACCACUAAAAUUAACAACAUUACCACCACCACCCGAACCACCAAAAUUAGAAUGUACUGGAGUUGGGCAUAAUUUUAUUAAAUUGAAAUGGGGUGAAGGUAGAAAUUUGGAUUUUAUUAACUAUUAUGUUGAAAUGUAUAAUAAUAGAUUGAAAGAUUUUCAAAUUGUAUAUAAUGGCACAACAUUAAUGUGUAAAGUUAAUAAAUUACAAGAACAAACUGCGUAUACAUUUAGGAUAUGUGCCGAAACUGAUCGUGCUGGCACUGGUGAUUAUUCUGAAGAAUAUGUAUUUAAAACAUCAGCAACUUUACCAAAUGGUAUUAAAGCACCACGCAUUGCAGCCGACACAAUGCCAAAUGAUAUAAGAACAGCUAUAGCAACAUCUUCAACUACAAAUAUUUUAGGUGGAGCUGGUGGUAAUACUACAAUUGGAAUUUUCCAUCCAUUAACAAUUGAAUGGCAACAUAGUAAAAAUUCUUUUGUUGAUCCAGUUGAAUAUAUAUUGCAGUGCUCAACGACCGGAAAAGAAAAUGAUUAUGUAGAAAUUCAUCGUGGUCCUGACACUAGAUAUACAAUUGAUUAUUUAGAUCCUGGCUCAGUUUACUUAUUUCGUGUAGCUCCAGUUCGUGUUACACCAAAUGGUGAUAUACAAGGUUCAUUUACCUAUCCAUUACGUUAUCAAGUGCCACACAAAUUAACUCAAGAUCAAUUAGAUUCAAUACAUCAUCAUCAUCACCAUCAUCAUAAUCAGCAACAACAACAUCAUAAUACAAAUUUAAUAAAUCGUGCAGCAUCUACUAGUAUAUUAAGUGGAACUAAUAAUACAGAAUUAAAUCGUUAUGGUGCUUACAAUUAUAAUUCAAAUCAACAACAUAAUAUUAAUGGACAUAAAUCAAAUAGUAGUAGUGGUGGUAUAUUAAGCGGUUUUCUAAGUAGUGUUAGCAACAGUGUUGUUGGCGGUAGUAGCAAUAGUUCUGGCAGUGGAACUAAUAACAAUAAUAAUAUGAAUAUUGGUAAUAAUGGUAAUAAUGCAAUUUUAGCAAAUGAUGGUAAUUUAUUAUUACAUAAUAACAGUAAUAAUAAUAAUAAUAUGCUAAUGAGUGGUAAUAAUAAUGGUGGUACAAAUUCUGAUUUAAUUAAUAAUGAUGAAUUAUUUGGUAUAAAUAUAUUUGGUGCUAUUAGACGUUUUAUAAAUAAAUGUUAUACAUUAUAUACAAAUCCUAAACAUUUUUCAGAUACACAACAAGCUAUUUUUUGGAUGUUUUCAUUUUUAUUAAUUACAUUUAUAUUUGCUUAUUUGCUUCGUAUGUUCAUGAGAUAAAAUUAAAUUAUGUAAUAAAAG